AUGACAGCCGCAGGGCAGCACGGCGAGAGUGGGUUCAUGGGAAGGCGCCCCUGGCGGACGCACAGUCGUACGGAUCGGGGGAGAUCUGCUGCCUGCUCAAAGAGAAGGGCGGCGUGCUCCAGGAGAAAGGAGAAGGACGGCAUCUCUCCGCGCUGUGAGGAAGCCACGUAUGUGAACACGGAGGGGCGGGUGCAGAUGACGCGGGCGGCGGUGCCGACAGUGGGGAGUGCGAGGGACGACUGGAAGAUCAUUCGGGCCGUCUCUGAAGUGGCGGUCGUGGCUCUGCCGUACGACACCGUGGAGCAAGUCAGAGAGCGCCUGCGCGAGGUGGCCCCUCACCUGGCGUGGAUCGACGAGGUGGAGCCGCCUCUCACGCUCACGAGGUGGAGCCGCCUCUCACACUCACGAGGUGGAGCCGCCUCUCACGCCUCUCACGCCCAUCAGGUGACGCGGCUUCUGAGGUAUUUCAGAAGGGCUUCAGUGACCAUGGCUAAGUGCACGUCUGCUAAAGAAAGCCAAACAGGCCGCGCAGCCGCUGCACUGAAGCGACUUUUGGGGUGCCCCAAGCAGGCAGCAGAGCCGCUGCGCUGA